UGUCACAUGCCAUUGAAAAUGUCAAUUGGCAGCCCUAAAUGCAACCUUCCGUGAUGAUUAAUUUGGUCCCCAUCAGUACUAUUGAUCCGCUACAGACUUGAUUCUUGAAUGGGAUCUGAUCACCCUGACCCAAUCCACACCUAAAUCGUCUGACAACUGAUAUAUGAACUGGGCCAAGCCAACCUCAAAUGAAUCACUCAAAUGAAUCAGUCAGCCAGUCAGUCAGGCAGUCAGUGAAUCUGUGUGUAUCCUGGAAAUCCUGAAAAAUCUCGAUUGACAGGAAACCGCAGGCCGCAGAACUGGAACCCCUCAAAAUAUUCAUAUUGUUAUUAGCACAUAUCUGGUCCUAGACCAUGUCAACGGGCCUGGACCCAGCCAGUGACUAAGUGACGAGGGAAACCGCCCGCCGAUCCCGCCCCUUGAUUGAUUGAUUGCUGGCAGAUCGAAGAUAUUAAUGACAUUGUGGGUGGGAUCGCGGUGAUUAUGGACUCGGACAUCGCUUACACGACCCAGGACGCGCCCCCGAUGGCGACCAGGCCAUCCACCCGGCCAGUCCGGGGCCUGUCCUUGGUGGACGAGCUGGAGCAUGAGCCGGGCAGCCUCAACUAUGUCAAAGGCCAGACCCGUCAGUCCAAGAAGAUUCCGCCGUGGUUGUGGGUGGCCAUUGCCAAGUCGCUGGGCAUCAAGAUCAGUCCCAACGACAAGCCCAUCCUCUCGUCCGUCAUUCAUAUCCUCACUUUGGGAUCGGCUGCCGGCUUGGUCUUCUUUAACGGCUUUUAUGAAGGCUACGAUAUUAGCUCGAUCCACUCGCCCACGGACUUGUUGGAUGGCACAGUGUCCAUGAUCAUGGUCUCUUUGUAUUGUGGAGUUGGCGUGUACGCUCAUCGUUUGGCCUAUCGCCUCUUCGUUCAUCCCAAGUUCUUGGAAAAAAUGCGACUUCAUUCGAAAACGAUCAUGAAGUUGAAUGUGGCCAUCAUUCUCUUCCUGGUGGUGGCUUCCUUCGUUUUGGUCCAAAAUGCAUCCACCGUAAAUUUGGCUUAUGGUUUUGAUCCCACGUUCGUACCUGGACUCGAAAAUCAAACAGACAUCUCAAAUGUUAACCCUUGCCAAGUCAUUCAAAUUCCCAUCCCUAUCUGUCGUUCUUUCUACUUCUUCCAAAUGCUCUUUUCGUUCUUCUUCCUCAUCUGGAAUGUGGUGGUAGGGGUGUGUCUCAUCUCAGUGGCUAGGACACACACCAUUGACAUUCGGCGGUUUCUCGUCGAAUUGAACUACGAUGCUCAUCUCCAAGACAAGCAGUUUCGACGAAACUUCUACGCACCAGAAUCUUACGAAUCGAAAGAUACCCUGAAACAGUACAUCUGGGCGGACAACGAUGGGAUUGCCAACGCCUUAAAUCCACCUCCGACCAAUGAUCCCGUUGGAGGUGUGUCCACGGAAUCUCAGCCCAUCCCACCUAGAGCAGACGAGCUUGACCAAUUGAGUGCGACCAACGUCAAUUCUGGCACCGAUGCACUUCAAGACGAUCUGACGAACUCCAACGAGUUCACUCGCCAGAAUGUUCGUCUUCAGUUAUCCGGCGAAACCAUUCAUCAAAGUGGGAUCCGAUUUAGAUCUGGAUUUCGGCGUAUGUCCGAAGAAAGACAAGGCGAGGAAAACACGAUGGUGCCUCAUAUCAUGCCUGAACAGGAGAUUAUGCAUAAAUAUUGGAAGUUGGCGACUUCCACUCGAUUAACGUCUACGGCUUUUCAAAGAUGGAUGUGUUGCAUUACUUCGACAAUCUUAUUUUGGUCAGGCAUUCGCGUGGUGAGCUGGUUGAAGACAUCACCCGACUUUUACGACAUUGCGUCGUUCAUCUUGCCAUUGUUGCUCCUUCCCCUGCUGGCCUCGGCUUAUGCGGAAGUAAACUACGAAGGGAUUAAGGUGAUUCAGUCCAUUUUACCCACCCCAGAGCGAUUGCACAUGUUCCAGUAUCUCUAUGGGAUGCACAUUCAAAUGACUGCGUACGGGCAUCGUAUUUCCUAUGGAACCAUGGGCACGGUAUUGGCCGGAGUGAUGGCGGCUUUUGCUUCCAAAAUUCUUUUGGAAGAAAUGAACGAUGUCUUCAGAUAAGCUUUAUUACAUAGAAUCCUAAUUUGAGGUGUUCGUCAUUCAUACUACUUGAAAAUGAACCUAUAUUGUAUUGUUAUUGCUCUCUCUCUGAUUGUUUGAGCUUAUAUUUUAUUUUAGUAAUAAGACCCUGAAUAAGACACUUUUUUGUA